UCUUAAUUUCUUUUUAAAUUAACUUUUAUGAUACUAAACAACAGUAAUAGAUUAACAUGCAAUAUAAAGCAAGUGCAAAGUAAAUGACAAAUUAAGUAGUUAGUGUACUAAAAAUAUAGAAACGUAAUUUUGUUUGAUAAAUAGUAAAUAUGAGCGAUCCCUUAGAUGCGCCACUGAAAAUACGGCACCUAACGAUCUUAAACAAAAGUUAUUUCUGAGAUUCCGGUGAAAAAUAUCACCAACCUCGCGACUCCUGUUAGAUCCAACAGACUGUAGUUUACGGCACAUCAAAUCCGUGGGCUAUUGACACGAUCGACGGAAAUGGUAGCGAGUACGAGGAGCCGCGAGACAAGUGUGAUAAAUCACUAGAUUCUCCGCCGGCUAUUGCCGUCGUAUUGCGCCUAGGCAGUGGUUUAUUGUCAUAACGCGCGAGAGCGUAUUGUACGAGAAGAGACUCGCGUGCCGUUUAUACAAUAUGCGCGGCACCGAAGCGUUGGAAGAUUUCUAUCUGCGCGACAGAUAUAUGUACGCGGUGCCGAAGUUGCUGAAUAGGAGAGCAUUCUUGCAGUUUUGACAUACUGUAAAAUCAAUACUUGCCCGAAGUGCGAUCGCCACGUCUUGCUGACAACGGCAUCGACGUAACUCCGCGACACUUUAGCGAAAACAGCCAAUGAAAUUGACCGUUUGACGCCCACCUAGUUAUUCCAUGUAAAAGCAAUUAAUGCGCUUCAUUAUUAUAUUCUCGAAAAAAUAAAAACGCGAUAAAAGCGUUUCACGGUAAAUUGACGUUUAAUUGAUUUCCACUUUGCGUAUCUCUCUUUAUUUUUAUUUGAGACCUCAAAAUAUCUUUGUUCUCGGCCCGGAUCGAUUUUAGCGCGAUUAAUUAUAUCUCGCUCUAUCUCGUUUUAUACUUUUCGUUGAGCGAAGAGGAGGGAAGGGUCCGUAGCUCUGUUUUGCUCGGCCGUUUCUAGCGACGACCAACAAUUCAUUUGCUCUUAUUCGAGCAGAAAUUACCAUGGUUGCACCAGGAAUGACACGGUUGCUUUCAGAUUUGCGACUCGCGCGGGGUCGAAAGCAGCGAGGUGGAAAAAGGUCGUGAGAAGGGUGGAGUGUCCUCUCAGUAGCGACGUGUAAUUACGCGAGUGCUUUAAUACCCUUGGUCACGCGAGUGUCAAGGAUUGUCGAUCUUUCUCUCUGCUUUUUUUUUCUUGCUGUGGAAGUAGCGCGGUCAAUGAUCCCCGAAUUCGUUUCUCGCGCGCUAAAGCGUGAAACGUAGAUUUGCCCAGAGGUUUUCACACCCAUAGUUAAGACGUCGAGACUGCUUUGGUUUUUGAAUGUUUCCAUUGUGCGGACCCAUGUAUUUGUGUGUUGCUGUUAGAACGUGUGACGCCUGCAAACCGUCUCAAAAGUGAAGACAACUUAAUCGAGGAAACUAAUCCGUUAGUUUACACAGUGUUGUUGUUAGUAAACAUCGGGCAAUUUUUCUCUGGGUAUUCAUACUAGCCAAACUCAGAAGCAAGGUUUCCCGUACGUUUUAAACCUGCUAAUCCAUUUACCUGCUUAGUCAGGUAACCGAAAUUUCCGACAAUUCUGGCGUCUGUUCAUCGUUCAUGUAAUAGACAAUCGAAAGGUGAUACUUAGUUGCUCACUGUCAGUUUAAGUAGCUGUUAACUCUUCUGUACAAAUAGAGAGAGUGACUAUAAUGAUAGUUUUGCAUUUCAUCAGUAUUGACAGGUCAUCGCCUUCAAAUUGAAAUAUUAGUUUCUGCGAUUUAACGAUAAUUUAUAACUGGAAGCGUAUGCGCCAUGAAUGUAUGUUUAUUCAAUUUUUCUGUUUGGUAGACUAUAACUUAAGAUAAUUUCUAUAUCUUUCAAAAUUAAAAAAUGCGCAUAGAACGACCUAUCAUUCUGAACAAACUCAAUGUAGUUAUAUCACUAGAUGCCGUAUUUUUCGUGGCGUAUUGGAGGAGACCACUUAUAAAUUUAUUAUUCAUUAAACAAAACUAUAUUUUCAUACAUUUAUUUUAUUAUUUAAGUAUCACUGUUGAUUUUAACAUGUUAUACACACACACACAACGAAUAUGAAAAAAAUAAUUAUUUUUAUUUUACCAACGAGUGCUUCAUUUAUGCGUUAAUUUAUAUAUAGCGUGUUUAGCGUAACAAUGCGCAAAAAUUUUUUUAUCUUUUGUUAUUGCAAGUUGUAGUCUGCACAAAGUAGUUGAAAAUUUACCUUGCAAUCUUUUUGCUUAAACCGUCGGAAAUGUCUAAAAAAUCGUGCGUUACGUUGAACACUCUGUAUAAUAAAAAUGUAUAGAUAAAAAUAGAAGUAUGUAAAUAUUUAAAUAUGUGUAUAUGUUUUUGCGUAAAGUAUUACUAUAAAUUAUGAACUUUCUACCGUUGCAUUUUGAAAACAAAAUGGUCAAUUAACCCCUUUACUGUGGAAAGCAAAAUUAGGCCAAAAAUAAGUAGGCCAAAAAUGUACAGGGCGUUCUACUCGACGUAUUUUCAUAAAAUUUUGCAUAUAACUAUUUUUGACGAAUCUAAGGUCGAAAUUAGAAAAUUCAAAAUGGCGGAUUCAAUAUGGCGACAAAAAAGUAUCAAAAAUUUCAAUAAAUAUAAAAAAUUUCAAUAAAGAUAUAGAAAACAGGCGCCGCCUGCGAUCAGCCUGAUUUUGAUAUAUGUUGUUAAGGACAUGGUCCUGAGUAACAAUCAAAAGGUUUUAACCGUCGCUCAUUGUUCGUUAAAGAGUUAUUAACAAAAGAAGUUGCAUCAAAUGAAUGUAAUUUUUGGACAACAUAUAUACAAAAACAUCGAAUUUAUACGCUAGGAAAGUGCCUGCUACACACACACACACACACACAUUGCUCGCCCGGGCGGGAGGGCUUGCGGUGUGUGCGUGUGUUCCUAUUUGAAGUUUUAUAAAUAGAAAAUAAUAAAAAUAAAAAAAGUGCCUGUCCCUAGCCGUGUAACUGGGGGGCUACGCCCGCACCGCGGGCCAAGUCUUUUGUGAGAAAUUCUCAUUCUUUAGUUUAAGUAUAACAGACUUACCCUCCCUCCCCCGCCGCGGUGCGGAGGUCUGAGGGGCCAGUUACACGACUAGGGACAGAUACCGUUUACAUACUACACUUAAUAUACUUUGUGUUGAUAUUAAUAUAUCUUUUUUUGUGAAUAACUUUUUAACAAAUAAUGACCGCCAGUUAAAAUCUUUUGAAUAUUACUUAGGGUAGUGGCAGACACCUUCCUAGCCUACAAAUUUGAUGUCUUUGUAUAUACGAUGUCCAAAAAUUACACUCAUUUUAUCCCAGAUAAACUUUCGUGAUCGUUACGACGUGCUGUAAUCGAUUUAUGAUAACUUUAUAAAAUAUUUAUUAUAUAUAUGGAGACACAUAUACCUACAUUAAAUGAAACAUUUAUAUCAUGCAAUGAUUACAAUAUUUUGUUACGUUCAUGUAGCAAUGAAUUAACUAAAAGUUGCCCACAAUUUAUCAUGUAAUAUUUAUGAAAUUGUACCAUUGAAAAUUUUAAAUCAUAUUUAAUGAAAUAUUUUAUUUCAAUUCGUGAUGACAUUUUGUAAUCAAUGUGUGAGGUAAUUGUAUGCGGUAAAUAUGAUUGAAUAUAAACAACUUGUUUGUAUCGCAUAAAAGAAGGUAAUGUCAGUAUGAAGUACACGGAUAUCGAUUUUAAUACAUCGAUUCCUGUUUGGGUUUCAAAACUUCGAUUCUUGAAACAAUGAUCGAUAAAAUAGGAGCUCCUAACUCCUUGAGCGAGGCAGCACACUGUAUAUAUAAUAAUCAAAGCAUGAUGUCUAUAUGAUGUAAAUAUGCUAAAUCUAAAAAAAGAAACAAUUUUAUGGACACGAUGUAAACUUUAUAUUAAGUUGUUCUAUAUUGAGUAAAAAAAUUAAUUACCAAAAUAUGUCUGUAUUUGUUAGUAAACUGAAUGACAUAUUGUUUUGAGUAAAAAUUUAGAUUUUUUUUCGUAUUUCUAUUUCGUCAUUAUAUAUGUUGUACAUAUGACUAACAUGUGAUAGGCUCAUAAAGGAUUUUAUGCAUUGCGUGAUUUUACGCACCGUAAAGUUACUGCAACAUUUACAUACAUCUGUCUAUCUGGGACGUAAUUUCUUUUGUUGAUAACUUUUUAAUAAACAAUGAGCGACGGCUAAAAUGGAUGAGCGAAGGUCACUCAGAAGGAUGAUCUCUAUGACAUAUGUCAAGGUCAACCGCAUCGGAGAUGGCGUCUGUUUUCUAUACCUUUACCAUAUUCGGUAUUUCUAUAUCUUUACCAUAUUCGGGGUUGUUAGAUUCUCAAAUAUUCAUUAGCUAAAUGUGGGGGUAAAAAUAUUAUUAUUUCGAUUAUUUCGCUAUUUUAAAUUGAACGAAACGAUAUAAAAUAGCAUUAUAAUAAAAUUGUUAAGUGAUUGUUACCUGCAAUUAAGUGCCUAUUAUCAAUUUCAAAAAGGUCUUCAAAAUGGAUCUAUCAUCAAAAAUUUUCAAAUUUGACCUCAAAUUUAUAUUCAGCGACCCUUAAAAUUCCCUAGUGCCGUUUUUUAUACAAAUUCGCUAAUUUAUUUAACUGUUAUUGAAUUUUUUGCCAGUACGUGUAUAGACGUACUCCACAUUGAAAUGGUUAAUCCGUAUAUAAAUCUAUGUAUAAUGUCUGUAUAUUAGACUUUAAUAUCAUAUCAGUUUAUCAUUAAAAUCUCACGUGUAGUUUAGAAGAUAUCAAAAAUAAAAAUUAAAAAUGACACGCUUUAAUAUCAUAUCAGUUUAUCACUAAAAUCUUACGUAUAGAAGAUCUCACGUUUAAAAGAUAUCAAAAGUAGAAAUUAGAAACACACUAUUCUCAAGAAAUACGUAUCAAAGGUGUCAACUUUGAUCGCAAACAUCUCAGUCAUCGAAUCUCAGUCAAUCUUUGUUUAAUUGUACACGCAGUUAGACAAUAUUUCACUGUGUAUGUAGCGUAUCAAAUUCUCAUGCAAUUUGUUUCAUAUAAUCUUGAUAUCCGACAGAUUUAAUCUUUGGAACAUGUCCAACAUUAAUCGACGCGAUAUUGUCAUUUUCGCGCUUUGCUAUAGUAUUAAAGUUCGUUGAUCGAGACGACUCACCCUUUCGAUUCUUAUUUUUAUUCUGCGAACAUCACGUUUGGUCUCGCACGCCACUUUGAAUAUCGUCUAGCUGGCAAUUAAUGCGCCCGAGAGUUUUUCCGGCGCGACGUCGCUCUUCAUGGGUGGAGAGAGCGAGCGGGAGAGAGAGAGAGAGAGAGAGAGAGAGAGAGAGAGAGAGAGAGAGACAGAGAGAGAGAGGGAGAGAAGAGGCAAGGCGUUUUCAUCUCUCACGCGGCAGCGGAAGGCGUAUUUUUCGUAGCGCGCGGGCGAGAGAGCGACGAAGUGUCGUCGACGUCGCGACGCAGGACAAAGUGCGAGCGUUGCGUAUGGGGAAGACGAGAGAGACAGAAAGAUAGAGAUAGAGCAAAGGACAAAGAGCGAGAGAGAAAGAGACAGGCAAGGUGAGAGAUUCGUGGGGACAAAGGGACGUCGUCGUGACGGCGCAGACUCGGCGAACGGGCGUCCCGACGCCUUCUCGUUCCCUUUUAUACCAUGAUGCUGCCAGUACUUCUCUAACGAUUCACGUCGUACUUGCCUCAUUCACGCGCAUCGCGGAAAACGGCGUCGCAGCGCGACUCGCUUCUUAACUCCCUCUCUAUUUCCAUUCCUGUUUCUCCUCCUCUUUUUUUCCCAAGUCUUCCUCUCAUCGCUUCUCUCCUGUGCGCGAAAGACGAACUGAAAGCAAUUCGUUUUUCGAUUACUUUCUUGACCGCCGCGACCGCGCGUGCGUGUGUGUGUGUAUGUGUGUUGUGCACGCCAUAUGCUCACGCACAAGUGCGCGCGCACACCGUAUUGCGUGCGUUCGUAGAGACGCGUGUGUCCACUGUGCGGUAGCUCGGAUCCUGCCGCGUACGAGUGCAACGACUGUGCGUUACGUCCACAUUGCAACGAUAGACUCGCGAUCGAAAGUUGCCCCAACUCCCGUACGAUAGUGCCAGCAGCUUCCCGCCGAAGGUGGAGAGACCAAUGACGUCGCACAGCACGGCCGCCAGCCAGGUCCACGGCAACAGCAUGCACACUGCGUACUCGUCCGGCAGUCAAACGUCUCUGUCGACAUCCUACAUCACCGGCCAGUCCUACAUGCAGGGCCAGAAUUAUGCGUCACACGGGCCGUACCCCACUGCGAGCGUGCAGGUCUAUCCGCACAAUACGGCCUACUCGCAGCCGCAGAGUUACGGCACUAUGGUGCAGGGUUUCGGUGGGCAACCGCAGUCGGCCGCCGGUUAUCAGCAGAAUCACCUUAAGAAGGGAUCUGUCCGCAACGGCGACGUGCUCAAGAGAUGUCGGCUGCAGACCGCGUAUGAAUUGUCGCAGGAUUUACUCGACAAGCAGAUCGAGAUGCUGGAACGGAAGUACGGCGGCGUGAAGGCGAGGAACGCGGCGUUGACGAUCCAGCGUGCCUUCCGGAGGUAUACUUUGCUGAAGAAGUUCGCGGCGAUCACGGCAAUGGCCAAGGCAGAAAAACGAUUGAGCAGGAAGCUGCAGGAGGCGACCGAACGCAAUCUCAGCGAUCACGAGCGAAUGGUCUAUCACAGCCAGAUAUAUAUACAGCAGCCGCAAUCCGCUAACAGACCGAUGCCGAUCCGAAGCAUGUCUCUGAGGGAGAGGCGGCACGUGGAAAGUUCUCAGUCGCCGAUACCGAGGAGUCAGAGCGGUAGAUGCGAGAUUCAAGUAAGCGGCCAUCAGCAUCCGGCGAAUCACAGCCUGCAUCAGAGCGGCAGGCAUACGCCCUCAUUGGCGCCUAGCCCGUGCAACAGACACCAGCAAUUACCGCCGAGUCCCUGCUGGGAAUCAAGCUCCCAAGAGAGCGGCUCCAGUAUCCAUUACUACAAUCCACAGGAGGCUUUGUGCGGCCUGAGGCAAGAGACACCGCCUAGAGACCUGCUGCGAACACCGUGCACAUCGCCGUCGACUCCGCAUAAUCUACAGACGACUAUAUCACAAAACUGGAACAAUGUCAAUCAGCUUGGUCCAAGUAGAACAAGAGGCUCCGGCAAGAAGAUCCCGCCGGAGGUGCCGAAGAGAACAUCCUCCAUUACCUCGAGAUCCAUGGAGCCGCGUCACAAUGGUCUUAGCAAGAGUGUGGAGAACGGCAGUCUCAGUUCGGUGCAAAGUUCGGGCAGCGAUUCCACCAACUGCGAGAGUUCCGAAGGCGACGCUCAACGAGGAUCUCCGGUCUGGAAGCAUAAAGGGAUCUCGAGUUCGCCAGAACACCAGGAAUGUGCGAGUCAUAAUGCGGAUGCGACGACGAUUGCUACCAACGUCAAGGAGCUCGGCCACUCGCACGCCAGCUCCGGCUAUCAGCUCCCUUUAAUGGAUCACACGGAGAGUCUGCCGCAAACCAGCUACAAGGUUUCCGAGACGGUGAGAAAGCGGCAGUACAGAGUUGGCCUAAAUCUUUUCAAUAAAAAGCCAGAGAGAGGAAUCAGUUACUUAAUUAGACGCGGCUUUCUGGAGAACAGCCCACAGGGAGUCGCGCGAUUCUUGAUUAGCCGAAAAGGCUUGUCCAAACAAAUGAUAGGGGAAUACCUCGGGAAUUUGCAGAACACUUUCAAUAUGGCGGUGCUCGAAUGUUUCUCUCACGAGCUGGAUCUCUCCGGGAUGCAAGUGGAUGUCGCUUUGCGAAAGUUUCAAGCCUACUUCAGAAUGCCCGGUGAGGCGCAGAAAAUCGAGCGGUUGAUGGAGGUCUUCAGUCAGCGUUACUGUCAAUGCAAUCCUGACGUGAUAUCGAGGCUGCGGUCGCCAGACACCGUUUUCGUUCUUGCCUUCGCCAUUAUCAUGCUUAAUACAGAUUUGCAUACGCCGAACCUCAAGCCCGAACGCAGAAUGAGGCUCGAGGAUUUCGUGAAGAAUCUCCGAGGUAUCGACGAUUGCGGCGACAUAGAGAGAGACAUCCUAGUCGGUAUUUAUGAAAGGGUGAAGGAUAACGAAUUCAAGCCAGGCUCCGACCAUGUGUCACAAGUAAUGAAGGUCCAGGCCACUAUUGUUGGAAAGAAGCCAAAUAUGGCACUACCACAUAGAAGAUUGGUCUGCUACUGCAGGCUCUAUGAAAUACCGGACAUUCACAAGAAAGAGAGACCGGGCGUUCAUCAAAGGGAGGUUUUCCUCUUUAACGAUCUGCUUGUCGUCACCAAGAUCCUGAGUAAGAAGAAGAACAGUGUAACUUACACUUUCAGGCAGAGCUUCCCGCUCUGCGGUAUGAUAGUUACGCUAUUCGAGGUUCCUCAUUAUCCAUACGGAAUAAGGCUCUCUCAGCGCGUCGACGGAAAAGUUCUAGUCACAUUUAACGCUCGAAACGAGCACGACAGAUGUAAAUUCGUGGAAGACCUCAGGGAGUCUAUCAGUGAGAUGGAUGAGAUGGAGACUUUGCGCAUCGAAACAGAAUUGGAGAGGCAAAAAAGCAGCAGGGGCGCACGAGGCGGUGCGGAGAAUAGGGAUUCUGGUGUCGCCGACGUGGAAAUAUGUCCCUGCCCGGGAACUUGCUCAGAAAGAGCAGAGACGGUCGAUGUCGAUACACAAUUGAAACGUUCCGCCCUCAGUAAUUCUCUUCUGGAUAUACACGAGCAGUUUGCUGGUGAAAAGCCGCAGCGCCGUGGAAGCGUGGGUUCUCUAGAUAGUGGUAUGUCUAUUUCCUUUCAAUCUACUUCUGCCAGCUCAAUGAGCCAAGGCAUUAAGCACCCUGGACAAGUUCAUCCUAUUCAUUCAGGGGCUACGAUCCCUGGCAGUGGUAAGGGACUGGCUCAGCAGCCGUCUUUUUUAGGGGGUCUCUUUGCCAAACGAGAGCGAAAACUAUCGCAAUCUGAUGAGUCUGGUCCUUACAGUCGCACUACGGAAGUAUAAUGUAACUCUUCCAAAUCGCAAAUAAGAAGGUACCUUAACACCUUUGUAUACCCAAUUUUCUUCUAGUGCGCUUCGUGCUCUCAAACGAGAUAAGCAUGACCGGCGUUUUUCUAACGCAACGGCGACAACAAUUGUAAAUAGCAAUAAUCAUUCACUUCAAUCUAUUCGUGUUAAUGAAAUUAUAGGUGUCAUUCUUCGCCAUUCGAUAUCAUCGUGCGAUUUUAAUGAGAAAAGGAGGCGAGAACGCAAGCAUAAUACACAAGCAGCAAGACUGCCGUGAACUUCUAUUAGCGUACGUAAUAGAGUUUAGUGUCGUUUUAUAUGUACAUCACGAAGCGCGCUAAAGAACGACAGCUAAAAGAGCCGGCCGCGGAUAGAACUAAGUCUAUAGGCGCGAGUUUGCGAAUCGAAUUGGGCAGGAUCCAAUCGAGAUCACCUGGCAUAAACAGAAAAAAAAGUUUUAAUCCAUCCCCGUCCCUGUUCUCUUACUCUCCUCCCCUCCUCAAAAUGUGUAUAGUAUUUAUUCAUCUGAGAAAAAAAAACUAAUAGACAUUUUUCAUACUAUAUUUAUAAUUUACCGGACCGCGCGGUUUGAACGAUAGAACUGUGUGUAGAUAAUGAUCACACCUUCGCUUAGUUCUACAUUAUAGCUGGGCGUUAGUGAGUAACAGAAACCUAAUUGAAGACAGAAUCAAGUAAGUCACACUUUAUCGGAGAGUAUUUUAUUGAGGAAGCCGUAGCCUCGGCGUCGCUAUCAAGUAUUAUUGGAUUCAAGUUAAUUGUAAAUAGUAGACGUAAUAAUAUCCUGAACAAGAGUUAUCACGUGUAACAAAAGGAAGUUAGCGUAAGGAAGAAAAAAAAUCGAUAAGCAAUCUCUAUUGAUGUUAGGUGCAUGUUGAUGUCUAACGAUUUUUAUCAUUGGAAAAAAAACGUGAAGUUUGAAUGUAGCAGUGAGAUAAGACUUAACGUAUAAAUCGUGUUUGUCAUUAUAGCGACCUACUUGAUAAUCACUCACGAGAAGUAGUUUUGCUUAUUGUAUGUUGAAAUUUUGACUCAAAGUUGUUCGAAUUUUCGCUAAGGAGAACCGGCAUGUUAAAUAUAUCCAGCGUUCAAUUCGUUUCUCGUUCGGCGACGAGCAGACGAUUGUAGAUCGUAAACGUCGUAAUAGUGUCGCAAACACGUAUAGGCUAUAAGAAGACAAAACGCGAAAGAAGAAUAACAAGAAAUUAAAACAUUAAAAUAUAUAUAUGAAACAAACAAGAACGUGCAUGCCUUAUAUACUGCCACGAUAAAACCUCGUGCGACCGAGAAACGAACUAACGAAAUCUUUACCUACGUAGAAAGAAAAAGAUCGGGAGUUUUUCCAAGAGCAAGCGGAAUUGUAUGACGAACUGAUGUAAUCCGUGUACAUAAGCGCUGAUCGCAACAUCAGCCAGCUGUAAACAAGCAAUGGCGUUCAUUAAUUUAACGAUAAAUUAAUGAAAAAAUUUAAUCUUCCGUUAAAAAGUAAUGCACCGAUAUGUAGGAGAGGAGUGUUUAAUAUAUUUAUUUUAAGUUUUA